UUUUCGGAACUAAAGUUAAAAAAAAUCAAGAAACAUAACCAUUACAAUAAUAAUAACACACAGAAAUUGGCUUGUUUAUGAAUUUUUUUGAGCACGUAACAAAAACAUAAUACUUAAGGUGUAAAUGUGAUGACUAUAACAAAAAAACAACAACAAAUAAACAAACAACAAAUCCAUUAUAACUAACAAAAAAUAUCGAGAACACAUAUAAUGCCAGGCCUUAUUAGCCCCAAAUUGGUAGAAUCCAAAUCCAAAAACUAAGAGAACACAAAAACGAAAAAACCAAAAACCAAAAACCGAAACAAGAACUGACUGAGAAUUGAAUUAACCCAAGAAAGCCCACGAAUGCAGCCAACAUUGCCACAAGCCGCUGGGACAGCCGAUAUGGAUCUGACGGCUGUUCAAUCAAUCAACGAUUGGUUUUUCAAAAAGGAGCAAAUUUAUUUAUUGGCACAGUUUUGGCAACAGCGCGCUACCCUGGCCGAGAAGGAAGUGAACACACUCAAAGAGCAGCUAUCCACCGGCAAUCCCGACAGCAACCUCAACAGCGACAACAGCGACACAGCAGCUGCAGCAGCAACAGCAAUUGCAGCAGCAACCAACGACAGUGAGGAGGAUCAGCAGCAGCAGCAGCAGCAGCACCAGUUACAUUUGGAAAGCGACAACGACAAGCUGCUGAACAGCUCCAUUGUUGCAGCGGCCAUAACGCUGCAGCAGCAGAACGGCAGCAAUCUGCUGGCAAACACAAACACGCCGUCGCCCUCGCCGCCGUUGCUCAGCGCCGAGCAGCAGCAGCAGUUGCAGAGCAGUUUGCAACAGAGCGGCGGUGUCGGUGGUGUCGGCGGCGCCUGCCUCAAUCCGAAGCUCUUCUUCAAUCACGCCCAGCAGAUGAUGAUGAUGGAGGCGGCAGCUGCGGCAGCGGCGGCGGCAUUGCAACAGCAGCAGCAACAGCAAUCGCCAAUGCAUUCGCCGGCGAACGAAGUUGCAAUCCCCACAGAACAGCCAGCAGUAACGGCAACAGGAGCAGCAGCAGCAGCAGCAGCGGCGGCGGCAGCAACACCGAUUGCAACUGGCAACAUCAAGAGCGGCAGCAGCAGCAGCAGCAGCAACAUCAAUCACACCAGCAACAACAGUCACCAGGACGAUGAGGAGCUGGAUGAGGAGGAGGAGGAGGAGGAUGAGGACGAGGACGAUGAGGAGGAGAAUGCCUCGAUGCUAUCGAAUGCUGAUGAUAUGGAGCUGGAUGCACAGCAAGAAACCAGAACUGAGCCAAGUGCAACCACACAACAGCAGCAGCAGCAGCAGGAAGCAGAUCUUGAGGAGAACAAGGAUGCGGGGGAGGCUUUAAAUGUUAGCAAUAAUCACACAACCGAUAGCAAUAAUAGUUGUAGUCGAAAGAACAACAAUGGUGGCAAUGAGAGUGAGCAACAUGUUGCCAAUUCCGCGGAGGACGAUGAUUGCGCCAACAACAAUACGAACACCAGCAAUAACAACAACACCAGGAGCACCGCCACCAGCAACACCAACAACAACAACAGCAGCAGCGGCAACAGCGAGAAGCGCAAGAAGAAGAACAAUAACAACAACAAUGGCCAGCCUGCUGUUCUAUUAGCUGCCAAAGAUAAAGAGAUUAAAGCACUUCUGGACGAGCUGCAACGCCUGAGGGCGCUGGAGCAGACGCACCUGGUGCAAAUCCAGCGACUGGAGGAGCACCUGGAGGUCAAGCGGCAGCACAUCAUGCGAUUGGAGGCCCGUCUGGACAAGCAGCAGAUCAAUGAGGCGCUGGCCGAGGCAACCGCCUUGGCGGCAGCUGCUGCCACCAACAACAACAACAACAGCCAGAGCAGCGACAACAACAAGAAGCUGAACAGCACCACCAGUGGCGGAGCCGCCCCACUGGAUGCCUCAUCAUCCAUAACCAUUGGUGAUCUGCCGGAGGUAACAAAGGCCGCCAUUGCACCCGCGGAGGAUGAGGACGAGGAUGAGGAUCAGGCCAUGCUGGUGGAUCCCGAGGAGGCGGAGGUUAAGCCAGAGGAACAGCCGCAUCAUCGCGAGGAGGAGGAUGACGAGGAGGAGGAGGAGACCGAGGAUCGGGAGGCGGUCAAUGCCACCACAACCGAUAGCAACGAGCUCAAAAUCAAAAAGGAACAGCACAGUCCGCUGGAUCUGAAUGUGCUCAGUCCGAAUUCGGCCCUGGCCACUGCCGCUGCGGCCGCCGCUGCCGCCGCCUGCGCCAAUGACCCCAACAAAUUCCAGGCGCUGCUCAUCGAGCGGACCAAAGCCCUGGCCGCCGAGGCGCUCAAGAAUGGCGCCAGUGAUGCCAUCAGCGAAGCAACAACAAAUAGCCCAAUUUGUUUGUUGUUAUCCCCAGAAAUCAACCGAAAUGAAGCAGAAGAAGAAGAAGAUGAUGAAGAACCAGCAACUGCAGCACUUGCAACACUGGCAACACAUGCCACACCUGCAACACUGGCCACAACAAGUGAUGCAACACUGGCCAACGAAAAGGAAACGAAAGUUGGCCAUGAAAUGGCGCCCAAACAGGAAAUCGAAGAUGUGGAUGAGGAGGAGGAGGAGGAUCCGGUGAUCCUGCCGGAGCAACUGGUCAACGAUUAUUGGCGAAGGGGCUUCGAAUCGGGGAAUAAUACAAAUAAUACGAAUAAUACAAAUGCCAGCCAAGGGAGCAAAACGCCAACAAUUUAUCAAAGUCUUAGGGCCGAGCAGCAGGCACAAUUGCUGCCGCCACCGCCACCACCGCCCCCGCAGCAACAGCAACAGCAACAUCUACACUUUCCACAGCAACAACAGCAGCAACUGCAACAGCAACAGCAACAGCAACAACAUGGACCAUCGUCCACAGCCUUGCUUAGUCAACUGGUUAACUCAACAUUUUCCAACUCUUCCAACUCUUCUCGCCUAGAUGCCCACCACCAACAACAGCAGCAGCAGCAACAACACCACCAACAGCAGCAGCAACACCACCAGCAGCAACAUCACCAGCAACACCACCAGCAGCAGCAACACCUCCACCAGCAGCAACAUCAUCAUCACCUGCAAAACAGCGGCAGCAACAGCAAUCCAGCCACCAACGACAGUUUGAACCACCAUCAUGGACACCAUCUGCAUGGCCAUGGCCUGCUGCAUCCUUCGGCGGCGCACCACCUGCACCACCAGCAGGCCGGCAACGAGUCCAGUUCGAAUUCGAGUACACCCACUGCGGCUGCCAACAGUGGCAGCAAUGGCAGCGGCAACACGAAUGCCACUAGCAAUGCCACCGCUCAAUUGGCCGCCAGUUUGGCCAGCACACUGAAUGGCAACAAAUCGCUGCUCCAGGAGGAUAGCAAUGGUUUGGCCGCCGCCGCCGCCAUGGCCGCCCAUGCCCAACAUGCCGCCGCCCUGGGUCCGGGAUUCCUGCCCGGUCUGCCGGCAUUCCAGUUUGCCGCCGCCCAAGUGGCCGCCGGUGGCGAUGGACGUGGUCAUUAUCGAUUCGCUGACUCGGAAUUGCAAUUGCCACCGGGUGCAUCGAUGGCCGGGCGAUUGGGUGAAUCCCUUAUACCCAAGGGUGAUCCCAUGGAGGCCAAACUGCAGGAGAUGCUGCGCUAUAAUAUGGACAAGUAUGCCAAUCAGGCACUGGAUACCCUGCACAUCUCGCGGCGAGUGAGAGAACUCCUGUCGGUGCACAACAUCGGGCAGCGACUGUUUGCCAAAUAUAUUUUGGGCCUGUCGCAGGGCACCGUUUCGGAGCUGUUGAGCAAACCCAAGCCGUGGGACAAGCUGACGGAGAAGGGACGCGAUAGCUACCGCAAAAUGCACGCCUGGGCCUGUGACGAUAAUGCCGUCAUGCUGCUCAAAUCGCUGAUACCCAAGAAAGAUUCUGGCCUGCCGCAGUAUGCGGGUCGUGGUGCCGGCGGCGCUGGCGGCGAUGAUUCCAUGUCCGAGGAUCGGAUUGCCCACAUCCUCAGCGAGGCCUCGUCGCUGAUGAAGCAGGGCGGUGUGGUGCCGCAUCGGGAGCAGGAGCGUCGUAGUCACGGCGGUGAGGAUUCGCACAGCAAUGAGGACAGCAAAUCGCCGCCACAGAGCUGCACAUCGCCGUUCUUCAAGGUGGAACAGCAGCUGAAGCAGCACCAGCAUCUGAAUCCCGACCAGGCCGCUGCCGCCCAGCAGCGGGAAAGGGAGCGGGAGCAGAGGGAACGGGAGCAGCAGCAGCGAUUGCGGCACGAGGAUUUGGCACAGGACAAGAUGGCUCGUCUCUACCAGGAGCUGAUUGCCCGCACUCCCAGGGAGACGGCUUUUCCAAGCUUCCUCUUCUCACCCUCGCUCUUUGGAGGAGCAGCUGGCAUGCCUGGAGCAGCUGGCAACGCCUUCCCCGCCAUGGCCGAUGAGAAUAUGCGUCACGUGUUCGAGCGCGAGAUUGCCAAGCUGCAGCAGCACCAGCAGCAGCAACAGGCUGCCCAGGCGCAGGCUCAGUUCCCCAACUUCUCGAGCCUUAUGGCCCUGCAACAGCAGGUCCUCAACGGCGCCCAGGAUCUCUCGCUGGCCGCCGCCGCCGCCAAGGACAUCAAGCUGAAUGGCCAGCGAUCCUCGCUGGAACACAGUGCCGGCAGCAGCAGUUGCUCCAAGGAUGGCGAACGGGAUGAUGCGUAUCCGAGUUCGCUGCAUGGUCGCAAAUCGGAGGGUGGUGGCACCCCGGCCCCACCAGUUCCACCAUCAGCCGGCGCCGGAGCACCACCCACAGCCGCACCACCAACUGGAGGAGCUAGCAGCAAUUCCGCGGCACCCAGUCCGCUGAGCAAUUCAAUUCUGCCGCCAGCUCUGAGCAGCCAGGGUGAGGAGUUCGCCGCGACAGCAAGUCCGCUGCAGCGCAUGGCCUCCAUUACCAACUCGCUGAUCACCCAGCCGCCGGUGACGCCGCACCACAGUACACCACAGCGACCCACCAAGGCAGUGCUGCCGCCAAUCACCCAGCAACAAUUCGAUAUGUUCAACAAUCUGAACACCGAGGAUAUUGUACGCAGGGUGAAGGAGGCCCUCUCACAGUACUCCAUCUCGCAGCGAUUGUUUGGCGAAUCCGUGUUGGGCUUGUCGCAGGGUUCCGUCUCCGAUCUGCUGGCCAGACCCAAGCCCUGGCACAUGCUCACCCAGAAGGGUCGCGAACCCUUCAUCCGCAUGAAGAUGUUCCUGGAGGACGAGAAUGCGGUGCACAAGCUGGUGGCCAGCCAGUACAAGAUUGCGCCCGAGAAGCUGAUGCGAACGGGCAGCUACAGUGGCAGUCCGCAGAUGCCACAGGGAUUAGCCAGCAAAAUGCAGGCUGCCUCACUGCCCAUGCAGAAAAUGAUGAGCGAACUGAAGCUGCAGGAGCCGGCACAGGCGCAGCAUCUGAUGCAGCAAAUGCAGGCGGCGGCCAUGUCGGCGGCAAUGCAGCAGCAGCAACAGGUGGCCCAGGCGCAGCAGCAGGCCCAGCAGGCGCAGCAGGCCCAGCAGCACUUGCAACAGCAGGCGCAACAGCAUCUGCAGCAGCAGCAGCAACAUCUCGCCCAGCAGCAACAUCCCCAUCAGCAGCACCAUCAGGCGGCCGCCGCAGCAGCCGCGCUGCACCACCAAAGUAUGCUCUUGACCUCGCCCGGACUGCCGCCGCAGCAUGCCAUCAGCCUGCCCCCUUCGGCGGGUGGCCCCCAGCCAGGUGGUCCCGGCAGCCAGGGCAACGUCAAUGCCUCCAACAGCGAAAAGAAGCCCAUGCUGAUGCCCGUUCAUGGCACCAAUGCUAUGCGCAGCCUACACCAGCACAUGUCACCCACCGUCUACGAAAUGGCCGCCCUCACCCAGGAUCUGGACACCCACGACAUCACCACCAAGAUCAAGGAGGCACUGCUGGCCAACAACAUUGGCCAGAAGAUAUUCGGCGAGGCCGUCUUGGGAUUGUCGCAGGGAUCCGUCUCUGAGUUGCUGAGCAAACCCAAGCCCUGGCACAUGCUCUCCAUCAAGGGGCGGGAACCCUUCAUCCGGAUGCAGUUGUGGCUCAGCGAUGCCAACAAUGUGGAACGCCUGCAGUUGCUGAAGAACGAGCGACGUGAGGCCAGCAAACGGAGGAGGAGCACGGGUCCCAAUCAGCAGGAUAAUAGCAGUGAUACCUCCAGCAAUGAUACCAAUGACUUCUAUACCAGCAGUCCGGGUCCCGGAUCCGUGGGCUCGGGCGUCGGUGGAGCACCGCCGAGCAAAAAGCAACGUGUCCUCUUCUCCGAAGAGCAAAAGGAGGCACUGCGUCUGGCCUUCGCCUUGGAUCCAUACCCAAAUGUGGGCACCAUUGAGUUUCUGGCCAAUGAAUUGGGCUUGGCAACGCGAACGAUCACCAAUUGGUUCCACAAUCAUCGCAUGCGAUUGAAGCAACAGGUGCCACAUGGCCCGGCCGGUCAGGAUAAUCCAAUACCGAGUCGCGAGAGCACCAGUACCACGCCCUUCGAUCCCGUCCAGUUUCGCAUCCUGCUGCAGCAGCGUCUGCUGGAGCUGCACAAGGAGCGAAUGGGCAUGAGCGGUGCCCCCAUUCCCUAUCCGCCGUACUUUGCUGCCGCCGCCAUUUUGGGACGCAGUCUGGCGGGGAUUCCCGGUGCGGCAGCGGCAGCCGGAGCAGCUGCAGCGGCCGCCGCUGUGGGAGCCUCUGGCGGUGAUGAGCUGCAGGCCCUGAAUCAGGCCUUCAAGGAGCAGAUGAGCGGCCUGGACCUGUCGAUGCCCACACUGAAGCGUGAGCGCAGCGAUGACUAUCAGGAUGAUCUGGAACUGGAGGGCGGUGGCCACAAUCUCAGUGACAAUGAGUCGCUGGAGGGCCAGGAGGCGGAGGACAAGACCACCGAUUAUGAGAAGGUAUUGCACAAAUCCGCCUUGGCUGCCGCCGCCGCCUACAUGUCCAAUGCGGUGCGAAGUUCGCGACGCAAGCCAGCUGCCCCACAAUGGGUCAAUCCCGCUGGGGCUGUGACCAAUCCAAGUGCUGUGGUUGCAGCCGUUGCAGCGGCAGCAGCAGCGGCGGCGGACAACGAGCGCAUCAUCAACGGGGUGUGCGUGAUGCAGGCCUCGGAGUAUGGACGCGAUGAUGGCGAUGGCAACAAGCCGACGGAUGGCGGCAACGACUCGGACCAUGAGCAUGCCCAGCUGGAGAUUGAUCAGCGCUUCAUGGAGCCGGAGGUGCACAUCAAGCAGGAGGAGGAUGACGAUGAGGAGCAAUCGGGCUCGGGAUUGGGUCAUCUGGACAACGAGGACAGUGCCGUCGAUCAGAAACUGAAGGUGGUCAACGAGGAGAAGCUGCGAAUGGUGCGAGUUCGGCGACUGAGCAGCACCGGUGGUGGCUCCUCCGAGGAGAUGCCUGCCCCACUGGCGCCACCGCCACCGCCACCACCACCAUCAUCAACAUCAUCAUCUGCCUCUGCCUCUGCCAGCGGGGAGAGCUCCACCGGCAGCAGUAGCAGCACCACCAGCGGCACCACACCGGCAGUAACCACAGCUGCUGCGACCACGGCAGCCGGUUGGAAUUACUAGAUAAACUAAAUAUGAAUUCAGUGCAAUGUAGUGAGGAGCGGAGAUGGAAACGCGUUUACUUGUGAUUAAGUUUGAAUGUUUAAACGAUGUGAGGACCCCGGAGACAUGCAUACAUACAUUAUAUAUAAAUAUAUAUAUAUAUAUAUAGUAAAUAGCACUUAGGCUCUAGAAAACUCUAUUUUUUUUGUUUUUUUUUUAUUAAACAUUAACUACUAAAUAUAGGCGUUAGUUGUAGCCAAUAAGAUAGCCUUAGGUUGAGGAGUUGUAAUAGUUGUAGCUAAAAGUUUAGAGACGCUAUGCGAUGAUUAUGUUGGUGAAGUUGAUGAUAAUGAUGAUGUGAGAGAGAGAGAGCAGCGCAAAAGUAUUAAUGAAGGAAAACCCCAUUUAAGAGACCCCCGACUUGCCGAAGAACUUUAACCAAAACGUCGAGAUCCAAUUGAUAGUGAAAGAUUUGAUCUUGCAAAGAUUUUCGAUUUCGAUUUUUCGAUUUGUUUCUACUUGAAGACUGUAAGCAAAGGCGGUAGGAUUGAUAACUACACACGUAAUUCUAUUCUAUAUCUUUUUUUUUGAGAAACUAUUAUAUGAUUAUUAGCAGUUUAGCUGGUUAAGUGUAAAUACAUAAAUAAAUGACGAUGAUGUUCGAUGGUGUACAUAGAUUUCUCGCAAGGCACAUGAUCUUGCUGUCGUUCUUCCUAAAGAAAAUCCUACCUUCUACCACCCUCAGCAACCGACUUGUUUAACUAUCUUUUGAUCUCAAGCAAAAAAACAAAACAAAAACGUAACGAAACAAAAACAAACCGAUAUUGAAAGGGAAUCGUGUAGGAAGGAGUGGAGUGAAAAUCCAAAGUAAAAGAUAGUUAAAGGCAAGGCAGAAAUGCAUCUUGCAGAACAUUUCCCCCUUUUUUGUUGCCCAAAAUCAUAAAAUAUGACGAUGAGAAAGGGAAAGGCAAAUCGAGAAAAAUAUAUAACAAUAAACUUUGUAAAUUCUGAAUUUACAUAAAAAUCACACACACACCCACACACAAACCACACUUACACAACAACAAAAAACACACACACACACAAAUUGAGUAAUUCAUAAUUAUAGCAAAAAUAAACAUGCAAAAUGCACUAAAUUAUUUAUAAUCUAAUUAUUCUAUACAUAAUUAUAUAUAAUUAUACAUAUGCAUAUAAAGCGAAAAGCGGAAAAUUUAUCAACUUAGCCUAACGGUAAUUUAAAUUUGCAUUAAACCCUAGCAUAAAUAACUACAAUUUUUUUCUGUGAAUCUAAAAUAUUUAAAGAUGAAAAUAAAAAACCACAACCCGCAUAUCGUACUAAAGAAAUUACAUAAAAGAAAAAAGUAAAAAAAAAACAACACAAAAACCCUAAUCUAAGACAGCCAAUUUUUUUUUGCCUAGAUCCUAAGUUUACAACGUAAUCGUAAAAUUAAAUAAAUUACAAAAUAAACAAGCAAAAAAAUUAAACAAAAAAAUGAAUCUGUUUUCCUAUACGAACAAGAGACAACAACACAGAAAACCAAGAAGAGCAAAAAACAAAUUUUAAGAAAUAUUUAAACCUUUUUUUUCCUAGGCUAAAUGUUUAAGCUAAACAAAAAACAGAUUUCUCAAAACCAAAAAAAAAGCUAAAUAAAUUAAAACUACACGAAAACCAUUUUUGCAUAGGCCCAAAAUUUGCCGCGUUAUUAUUAUUAUUAUUACAUACAUAUAUAUGAGAUGAAGAAAUAAAGAGAAAAAAAUUACCAACAUAUACCAAACACAUUUCAAAAACCUAAUAAAAAUACAAUUUGCGUCUUCAAGCGAAAUUUAUACAAGAAACAAAACUCAAAACAAACAAAAAAAAAGCAACUAAGAAUAUUUUUAAAAAAUAUGCAAACAACUUUUGCCCGCUGACAGCGAAAUUUGUUACGAUCUUCUUUAAAUUAUAAUUUCUCUCCUUUCCUCCUGUUUGCGUUUAAGUUAUCGAGUUAAAUACUUUGCAUUUUCAUACGCUUUAGCUAAAGAAUAAAUUACAUCUAUAUGAAUAUGAGAUAAACAAGUAAUAAAUAAAUAUAUAUAAAAUAUAUACAAAAUAUGGAUAAAGAAAGUUGAGCUGAGACAAAACCGACACGACACGUUGAAAUGGUUCGCAACUUUUAGUUUUAAUUAUUUCUUAAAUACAAUUUUUUUGUCUUCGUAUUUUUAUUAUUAUUAUUGUAAUUAUAAUAUAAAUAUUAUAUAUAUAUAUAUAUUAUUAAAAGAAGGAAAGAAAGCGAAAACACAAGCGACAACAUACCAAUAAUACAUGAACAUGAACGAAACUUUAUCAAAUAAAAAUGUUUUCUUAAACGAAAAAAAAACCCAUCGAUAUCCUUUUUUAUUUUCCUACAACAACAAAAAAACCACCAAAAAUCGCAGAAAAUGCCGCUGAGGAACGAAAGUACUCGCAAUCUCUUGUAAUCCAAUUCCCGAAACCCCAAAACCCUAAAACCCACCCUCACCAGAAAAAAAAA